GCCUAUGGUUGUGCGCUGCCUUGCUGGAUCCCAGAAGAGAGGGGCUGAGCCGAGCCGAGCCAGGCAGCUCCUUUUUAUUUUCAGCUGAGCUAGUGUCAACCUGAGUGGCCCCAGAGGCCCGAGCCAAGCACUGCGCAGGGCUGCCAGAGUCCUUCCCACAAGGCUGAAAGAAGGAGACUCGGGUUUGAAGCUUCCAGUCCUGUGUCCAUUUGGCCUUUAGCUGGAGGAUCUUUGGCUAUGUAUGGUGUGUAUUGUAUGGAUUACCAAUACCCAGUCGUCCAGGGUAACCAGGAGCCAGCAGCAACUCCUGAUGCAAUGGUGCAGCCAUUCACCACAAUCCCAUUUCCGCCACCCCCACAGAACGGGAUUCCCACAGAGUAUGGGGUGCCACACACUCAGGACUAUGCAGGCCAGACCAGCGAGCACAAUCUGACGCUCUACGGAAGCACGCAGCCGCAUGGAGAGCAGAGCACGAACACGGCCAGCACGCAGAACGGAUCUCUUGCACAGACAGAAGGAGGGGCACAGACAGAUGGACAGCAAUCACAGACGCAGAGCAGUGAGAAUACCGAGAGCAAAUCCACUCCAAAACGGCUUCAUGUGUCUAACAUUCCCUUCCGCUUUCGAGAUCCUGACCUUCGGCAGAUGUUCGGGCAAUUCGGCAAAAUCCUUGAUGUAGAGAUAAUCUUUAAUGAGCGUGGCUCCAAGGGAUUCGGGUUCGUAACUUUCGAGAAUAGUGCUGAUGCAGACAGGGCCAGGGAGAAAUUACACGGCACCGUGGUAGAGGGCCGUAAAAUCGAGGUUAACAAUGCCACAGCGCGAGUGAUGACCAAUAAGAAGAUGGUCACACCUUACGCAAAUGGUUGGAAGUUGAGUCCUGUGGUUGGAGCGGUGUACGGCCCUGAGUUAUAUGCAGCGUCCAGCUUUCAAGCAGAUGUCUCGCUGGGCAAUGACGCCGCAGUGCCCCUGUCAGGAAGGGGGGGUAUUAACACUUACAUUCCUUUAAUCAUUCCAGGCUUCCCCUAUCCAACUGCAGCCACCACAGCAGCCGCAUUUCGGGGAGCCCAUCUGAGGGGCCGAGGAAGGACAGUGUAUGGGGCAGUCCGGGCAGUACCUCCCACAGCCAUCCCUGCCUACCCAGGUGUGGUUUACCAGGACGGAUUUUACGGUGCUGACCUCUAUGGUGGAUACGCAGCCUACAGAUAUGCACAGCCUGCUACUGCAACAGCAGCCACGGCCGCUGCAGCCGCUGCAGCAGCUUACAGCGAUGGUUAUGGCAGGGUGUACACAGCAGAUCCUUACCAUGCCCUUGCCCCUGCCGCUAGCUACGGAGUUGGCGCUGUGGCGAGUUUAUACCGAGGUGGCUACAGCCGAUUUGCCCCCUACUGAAGUGACGUGAGCCCCCUGCAAGUGGGACAGCCCCCCCAGUUCAUGAGGCCUGGCUAUUGCAAUAUUUACUAGUAGAGGAACUCUAUAGCAAGAUGAGG